UUAGAGAAAACCCUUCAGGUGACUUCAAGAGCAUGUAUCGCCACAUUUCCAAAGGCGGAUGGACUCUUUCUGAUCAAGAUCAAGGUUGGCAAGUUUCAGAUUGUACAGCUGAAGCUGCUAAGUGUUGCAUGUUGCUUUCCACGAUGCCACCUGAUGUCAUUGGCAAGAAAAUCAAUCUGGAACAACUAUAUGAUUCUGUUAAUCUCAUGCUAUCUCUACAGGUGAGUUUUUUAUAUAUAAACCUAAAAUUGUUGAAAGUACUAUGCCUCUAAAUAAUAUUCGUGAUUUCAUGUAAUGUAGAGUGAAAAUGGAGGUUUUACUGCAUGGGAACCUGUCCGCGCCUAUAAAUGGUUGGAAGUAAGAGCUAAAACAAAUAACAACAAUUUUCUUAUCGCGAAGUUAAGCUAAAACAAUAUUCUUAAAGAAAAUCUGAAGUAUAACCUUUGUAAUUGGUGUUGCAGUUGAUGAAUCCCACGGAUUUUUUUGCUAAUGCUAUGACCGAGCGUGAAUAUACCGAAUGUACCUCAGCUGUUAUACAAGCUUUGGUUAUAUUCAAACAACUACAUCCGAAUCACAGGAAAAAAGAGAUCAUUAAAUCGAUUGAGAAAGCAGCGCAAUUCAUAGAAAGCAAACAAAUGCCAGAUGGUUCAUGGUAGGCUAAUUUAAUAUGGUUAAGACAUUUUUGAUGAAUAUGGUUCCUUAGAACUCUAACAAAAUCAUUUUUGUUUUUGAGUAAUGGUAUAGGUACGGAAGCUGGGGUAUUUUUUUCACUUAUGCCACAUGGUUUGCUCUUAGCGGCCUAGCAGCGAUUGGUAAGACAUACAACAAUUGUCUAUCUAUGCGAAACGGUGUAGAUUUCCUGCUUAAGAUUCAAAAUGAUGAUGGGGGCUGGGGUGAAAGCUAUUUGUCAUGCCCUGAGCAGAGAUACAUACCAUUAGAGGGGAAUAGAUCAAACCUAGUGCAAACCGCGUGGGCUAUGUUAGGUCUGAUUCAUGCUGGACAGUCCAAGAGAGAUAUUACACCUCUUCAUCGUGCUGCAAAAUUGAUCAUCACUUCGCAACUAGAAAAAGGGGAUUUUCCUCAACAGGAACUAUUAGGUGCAUCCAUGAAGACAUGCAUGAUACAUUAUGCUACAUACAAUGACAUCUUCCCAUUAUGGGCACUUGCAGAAUACCGGAAAGCUGCAUUCGUAUAUCGUGCAGAUCAAUAGCUCUUCCUUCAUACAUU